AGAGUGGAAAUCCCCUCUACUCCAAGACACAGAGCAGCCAGACUCUUUUUCAAUAAACUAUCAGUAAUUCAUGCUUCGCUAAACUGAACCAAUACGCCUACAUCUAGUUGCACACGAUUGACCAAGUUUCAAAAAAUCACACCAAAUGCAGAUGGCGCUGCCGCUGCCCAGCAGCCCGGCACUGGACCUGAUCGGUAAUGACAGCCUGCAGGACUGGGAAGUGAUUGGUGGAGGGGGAUUCGGACAGAUCCACAAGGCCAGGCAUAUAAAGUGGAGGUUCGAUGUGGCCAUCAAGUUGCUGCAUUAUGAUGAUGGCUCUAGCACGUCCCUGCUUAAGGAGGUAAAGAAUAUGCAGAAGGGAGGGAGCCCCCAUGUGGUGAGGAUUCUGGGGGUGUACCAGGGGUGCCCUCCCUCUCCAGGUAGAGGCCUCUCCACCCAGCUGGGUAUUGUGAUGGAGUUAAUGAACAUAGGCUCCCUGGCCACCCUCCAGGCCAGCCUCUCUUGGCCCCCCACCCUGGCCCCUGGCCUUCCGCCUGGCCCACCAGAUCGCUCUGGGAAUUAACUUCCUUCACAACCUUCCUCAGCCACUUCUGCAUCGCGACCUGAAGCCCAAUAACGUGCUGCUGGAUGACAACCUUAAUGCAAAGCUUACAGAUUUUGGCCUUGCUGAAGUCUCCCAUAGUGUUUUGGAAAUGUCAGAGAAGAGCCCGGGAAGGAAGGAGGCACUCUAAGCUACAUGCCCCCUGAGGCUUUUGAAUCAUUGUAUGAACCAACUCGAGCCACUGAUAUCUACAGUUACGGCAUACUGCUGUGGUCCAUCUUCACUGGAAAAGUGCCCUAUUAUGCAGAUAACCCUCAUCUCCAGUCCAGUAUGGUGAGGUUCCGGGUCCCCUUGGGCGACAGGCCUCCUCUGGAGGCAGUGGACAGGGACCAGGCUGGUGGGCUGGGGAGAUGGUGGACCUCAUGGUGAAUUGCUGGGACCAACAGCCUUCUAAUAGACCCCAUUUCCUGGGUGAGACUACAGGAAGGUUGUUUAUACUUUGCCCUGUCACUUGAUGAGUAACAGGUGUCAUUAAUCAUGAUAAUGAACCUUUUUUUUAUACCUUGAUAUGUUGUUCGGUUGUUCGUAUUGGAACCCAGGACCAAAUACUGAUUGGACAUUUAUGUCAGCAGUCUGUCACAAGAGACUAUUUGGUUGUUAACUCGUUCUGCCUAUUAUUCAGAUUGCCUCACUGUGACAGAGAGAACAUAUGAGAGGCACAAGCAAUCAAUAAACGACGUUGUCCAUCAAGUGCUCCUCAAACUGGUACUGUACAAGACACUCUGAUUCAAAGCCUCUCGUUCUAUAUGUGUAACAUUCACUUAUAGCAACGUAGCUGAACAACUCCUCAUUUUAGCUCCACCUUCUCUCUCUCUCUCUCAGGAGGAGGAGAGGAUGAGAAGACAGGAGGAGGAGAGGAUGAGAAAACAGGAGGAGGAGAGGAUGAGAAGACAGGAGGAGGAGACUGGAGGAAGAGGAGAGAGAGAGACAGGAGGAUGAGAGGAUGAGGAGACAGGAGGAGGAGGAGGAGAGAGAGAGACAGAAAACUGGUCUAGCUCAUCUGAGGAUAGUUCUGGUGGGGAAGACUGGAGCAGGGAAGAGCGCAACAGGAAACACCAUCCUGGGUGGGGAGGGGUUUAAAGAAGACUCCUCCCCUGAGUCUGUGACUGCUCAGUGUGAGAAACAGAGUGGAGAGGUGGAUGGGAGGAAGAUUGAUGUGAUUGACACGCCGGGACACUUUGACACGUCAGUGACUAUAGAGAAAAUGAAAGGUGAACUAGAACGGUGCUUCUACAUGUCUGUCCCAGGACCCCAUGUGUUCCUGCUGGUGAUCAGACUGGGGAGGUUCACAGAGGAGGAGAGGAACACUGUGAAGUGGAUCCAGGACAACUUUGGAGAAGAAGCCUCAACGUACACUAUGGUGCUGUUCACUGGAGGAGACCAGCUGAGAAAAAAAUCUGUUGAGCAGUUUGUAGGAGAAAGUGUUAACCUCCAGGAUCUCAUCAGCAAAUGUGGAGGUGGAUAUCACUCUGUCAUCAAUGACAGUGACAGUAGCGCCAACCCUGACCAAGUCCCAGAGCUGCUGAAGAAGAUAGAGGAGAUGGUGAAGAGGAACGGAGGACAACACUACACCAACGAGGUGUACCAGAAGGUCCAGAGGAAGAUCGAAGAGAAGGAGGAGAGGAAGAGAGAAGAGGAGAGGAAGAAAAAAGAGGAAGAAAUGAAGAAACAAGAGGAGGCGAUCAGGAAGCGGGAAGAGGAGGUGAGGAGAGAGGAGGUGAGGAGAGAGGAGGUGAGGAGAGAGGAGGAAAUAAAGAGAGAGGAGGAGUUGAGGAAGAUGGAAGAGGAAAGACAGGAGGAGAGGAGGAAGGCGGAAGAGGGGACGAGGAAGAUGGAAGAGGAGAGACAGGAGGAGAGGAGGAAGAUGGAAGAGGAGAGGGGGAAGAUGGAAAAUGAGAGGGGGAAGAUGGAAAAGAAGAGGAGGAAGAAGAGAAGGAGAAAUUGGUUCGAACGGCUUUUUAACCUUUAACCUUGUUGUGGCCAGCAACAUGUCCUAACCCACUGAAUGGAACUGUGUGUACUUUCAUCUUUAUACAAACAUUAACCAGACUUUUACUGUCAUAACAUGACAUAAUCAUACCAAUCUUCAACUUUCCUUUCACAUUAAAUCCCUGUUCUUCAAUAAAUACAAAAACAUGCUGAUUAUUA